UGUGGUGGCGGGCGGGCGGCGGCGCUGCUCCCGCGUCACAGCGCCGGGCGCGGCGGGGAGAUGCGGCUCCUGGUGCUGGCGGCGGCCGUGCUGCUGGCGCGGGCUCCGGCCCCGGAGGUCUGUGGGGCCCUCAAUGUCACCGUGUCCCCGGGGCCUGUGGUUGACUACCUGGAGGGAGAAAAUGCUACUCUUCUCUGCCACGUCUCCCAGAAGAGGCGGAAGGACAGCUUGCUGGCUGUGCGCUGGUUCUUUGCGCGCCCGGACUCCCAGGAGGCCCUGAUGGUUAAGAUGACCAAGCUUCGGGUGGUGCAGUACUAUGGGAAUUUCAGCCGCAGCGCCUACCGUCAGAGGCUGCGCCUCCUUGAGGAGCGGCGCGGGGUGCUCUACACCCUCUCCGUCUUGACCCUCCGGCCAGCUGAUCAAGGGCAUUACGUCUGCAAAGUCCAGGAAAUCAGCAAGCAUAGGAAUAAGUGGACAGCUUGGUCCAACGGCUCCUCGGCGACAGAAAUGAGAGUGAUUUCCCUCAAAGCUUCUGAAGAUUCAUCGUUUGAGAAAAAGAAAGAGACCUGGGCAUUUUUUGAAGACCUCUACGUGUAUGCUGUGCUGGUGUGCUGUGUGGGGAUUCUCAGCGUUCUGCUCUUCACCCUGACCAUCAUCUGGCAGUCUGUGUUUAGCAAGAGGAAAUCCAGAGUGAGACACUAUUUGGUGAAAUGCCCUCAGAACAGCUCAGGGGAGACUGUCACCAGCGUGACCAGCUUGGUCCCACUGCAGCCCAAGAAGGGCAAGAGGCGGAAGGAAAAAGCUGACGUUCCUCCCGCAGUCCCUGCCAAAGCUCCCAUCGCCGCCCCGUUCCAUAAACCGAAGCUGCUGAAGCCACAAAGGAAAGUCGCCCUGCCAAAGAUUGCCGAAGAGAACUUGACCUAUGCUGAACUGGAGCUGAUCAAGCCCCACCAGGCUGCCAAAGGCAUUCCCACCAGCACCGUCUAUGCCCAGAUCCUCUUUGAGGAGAACAAACUGUAACUCUGCAUCGUAUUUAAUAUCCGCCACCCCAGUUAUUUAUGAAACCUUGGAUACAAAGUCCUUAUUUUUGUAUUUUCACUUGUGCCUUCUGUGUGGUGGGAGCCCCAUUCCAACGGCAUCCCAGGUGCCUUCAGAGAGGCACAAGGCUCCUCUCUGCAAAAAAGCAGGGGCUGCAGCCCUUGGACAAAUCUCCCAGAACAAGAUUUUCUGGGUCUGAGCCCUGAGCAGUGAGGACUCUUGAUUCUGAGACCAUCCAAGGAGAUUUUCUGCUGAGCCAAACCCCUUCAUGUUUCUUCUUGUUUCUUUGGGUUUUAUAUUUUUUAAUCUGAAUUUUAAUCUGCUACCCUUCCUGUAUCUGUGAUAUCAAGCUCAUAAUAUAUAGCUAGAGGAAAUGCCAUUAUAGGCCCAAGUGUGAGAUGGUAGAUAUGUACUAAUUGGUUUUCAAAGGAUCAGAUAACAUUGCCAGGGCACCCAGAGCAGUGCAAAGUGUUUAUUGCAAGCGGUCACUCAAGAUAGCAUCUCUUGUUUUAAAUAGAUGCACUGACCCUGGUGAUUCAAGGGCAGAGAGACAGAUUGUGGGGCAGUCUGACAUCUAAGCUGACAGUGAACUAUCUGGAUACCCCAGUGCCUGUUUCUCUACCCACUAUCACCCACGGCCACCGGACAAGUAGAACAUCUUUCAUUCUGAAGGGCUUCCACCCCUUUGGCAGGGAGACUUAUCCUGGUAUAGAGACUCAUAUUCUCCAAGAAGUUCUCACUCACCCUUUUCCAAAGGAGCCGGGGGGUUUGCCAUCGAUUGACAGAAUGGAAGAAGGGGACCUCUUGGAAGUGUGCCGAGGUUAUCAACUCUAAUUGAAUGUCCUCUCGUGUGAAAGCACAGUCUUUUGCCUGGUUCCCCAAUGGUAGGAGAGUAGGAAGUAUACGCAGGGCUGGAAAAAUGUGUCCUGAACACCCUUCUGUUAUAAAGUGCCUUGCCCGACUCAACUUUGCAUGUGAAUUCUAAUUGGCUUGGCUGGGAGGCAGUGAUGCAUAUGGCAAAUAGAUCCAUGGGGAAGUGGCUCUGGGGGCCUAUAUGACAUCCAGGAUCUCACUGAAGGCAGAUCCGUUCUGGUACAGAGUCAUCCUGUCAGCUGUGUCGUUAAGGACACUUCUUGAUGUGUGAGUGCGGUCUGGGUGGAUUUUUAGUGCACACUACAGAAGUUGUUUGGCUUUGUAAUGGACCGUGUAUAUAUGGUAAAUUAUAUAUUUUAAACACAA